AUGGAGUCUUCAUCAGCAUACAUUGAAGAGGAUAUCACGCAUAGUCUGGAUGAUACCUACAAGUUAGUGGACGAGAUGGCCUCCACGCUCAAAAUGGAACUACAGGAAAUGGCGCAAGUCUCAGCCACCACGGCCUACCAACGUGCUGUCUACGGUAUACAAUGCAUUCGAAAUCAGACCACUUUGCUCAAGACAACUCUCGGGUCGGAUCACAAAUGGCAUGUUAUUCAGCUGCGCUCAGCAACUGUCCCCUGCUCAUGGGACGAGUGCCCGCAUUUUAUCAAGUUCUGUGAGCUGAUGAUUUGUCUGUAUAGAUAG